GUCUUUCAGUGGUUAGCUCAACUAGCGUCUUACUUCUUCAACAAACUACUCUGCAAGUUGGAGAAGAUUUUGGUGCUACUUUAUUGAUUUUAUCUCAUCACUAAAAGGAAUUAAAGAUCUCUGUUAAGAACCUAUUACAUUUGCAUGGCUUUGGCAACUAAUGAAAAUCUUCCACCGAAUGUCAUAAAACAACUUGCAAAAGAGUUGAAGAAUCUUGAUGAAACCCCGCCCGAGGGUAUCAAAGUGGCUGUAAAUGAUGAUGAUUUUUCUACUAUAUUUGCCGAUAUUGAAGGUCCAGCUGGGACUCCAUAUGAAAAUGGUAUUUUCCGCAUGAAGUUGCUGUUGUCUCGUGACUUUCCUCAUUCUCCUCCGAAAGGUUAUUUCUUGACAAAAAUUUUCCAUCCAAAUAUCGCUACGAAUGGUGAGAUUUGUGUCAACACAUUGAAGAAGGACUGGAAUCCAAGUCUCGGACUACGGCAUGUUCUUCUUGUAGUCAGGUGUUUACUGAUAGAGCCAUUUCCAGAAUCAGCUUUAAAUGAACAGGCUGGCAAGAUGUUGCUUGAAAAUUAUGAGGAGUACGCUAAGCAUGCCAGGCUCUAUACUGGAAUUCAUGCUCUUAAAUCAAAAGCCAAGUCCAAGACAGGAGCUAUCUCUGAAUCCACAACUGCUCUGAAUGUUGAUCAGGCAAACACAACAGUUCUCAGUAUUGAUCAAAAGAAUGCAGUAUCCAGUGCUGCAGUGUCAGUCACUCCCUUGUCAACAACUACCAAAGGAGGGGCGAUUAGUCAAGAUCAGGCUGUGGUUGGUGGUGGUCCAGCUACAGGGACAAUGGUUGGUGGGUCUGUAGCAGUACAAAAGAAGGAAGCUGGUGGUGGGGUUGCAAAAGUUCAGGCUGACAAGAAGAAGAUGGAUGCCAGAAAGAAAAGCUUGAAGAGAUUAUAGAGUGGUAGGACAUCCAAA